UGAAAACUUCUCUCUGAGAGCGACGAAGAAGACGACUUUCUGAAAACACCGUUUCAAUAAUUUUCUCUUGGCCGGCGUCGCCUCCGGCGUCGGCCAUACUUUCGUUUUCUUUUUGUUUUUUGCAAUUUCUCAUUCUCCACAUUAAAUUUUAUUCAGAUUCAGAGUUCUUCUUAUAAAUUUUCUUCACUCUAAAUUCAUGAAGAGACUCUUGAUAUUGACGAAGCACAGAGAUGGGUUUCACCGAAAAUUCAAUCCAUGGUGCCCACCUCAUAUAUAUUAUCCUAAUUUAUUAUUGAAUCAUUCCACCCACAACCAUAUAAAUUUGGUUUCGACUUCAGUGAGUCAUGUUGCAAAGCCACUUCCAGAAACCUUGAAGAUGGACCAGAAGCCUUCUCGUCGAUGGUAUCGUAACCGCAAAAAAACACUCUGGCUUGGUAGAUCUGGUAUUCUCUCUUCCAUAGUUAUGCGAUUAUGUUGUCUCGUCGUAGCCAUUUAUCUCUCUUGUAGAGCGCUUUUCCGGUGUACACAGUUGUAUUAUUGCCAGCGUUUUGUCUCCGAUUGCAUCUCAUCUUCUUCUUCUUGUAACCAAUCAUUGAUCAUUGGCUCAAGAACGAAGCGGCGUGUUCGGCAGUUGUCAUUCCCCUCCAUCAAAUGGUAUGGAGAUGUAAUUUGGAUUUUUGAUCCUGGAAUCAUUGGGGAUUGGAUUGACAACGCAGGCGAGUUUAAGAGAUGUUUAUUGCAGACAUCGGUUCAUAGGACCGGUUUGAGACAGUGGCUAAGGAUAUGGUGGAAAGAGAUCAUGUUGAUUUUGAUUUUACUAUUAGUCCUCGGCAAUUUCAAUGCGUGUCUUUGGAGAUGUCUACAUGGAACAAGAUUCAAAAGAUGGUACUCAUCAUCUCAUCAAGCAUGGGCAUUAGUUAUAACCAAGAAAGAUGUCAUCUCCUAUGUCUGGAGAUGUUUUGUUGGGAUGCGAUGUAACGGAUGGAUCGCAACCAUUGAUCAUUUCAAAGUAUAUUGGAGUUUCGUCAAAAGAAUGAUAGCCAAACAAGAUGAUCAUGUCGGAUUAAGGAAGAAGGCGAAUAAAGAAGAUAAUAGAUUAUCAAAUCUAUUAGCGUGUAAGGCUUAUGAAAGAAAGCGGUGUUUUAAUUCUCUUGUUUGA